AUGAAGAUAUUGACGUUGGCUUUGCUACUUCAGUGCUCAUAUGCAGGACUGAUCAAGAGGUCUGGAGGGAUAAGUUAUAUCUUUGGAUUUGGCGAUUCCUACACUGCGAGAUGCUUCAAUAUUAGCGGUGUACAGCCAAGUCAAUUCAAUCCCAUGGGUAAUCCGCCAGAUGAUCGAUGUACUUCUUCAGAUGGCCCCAACUGGAUAGAGUAUCUUACCACUACAUACAACAACUCACUCAUCCUCACCUAUGACUUUGCGGUCAGUGGCGGCGCGAUACCUAACAGUCUGGUCGACCAAGUUAUGUUUCAGUACGAGCCAAUGUACUCUCACAGCAAUCAUACUUGGACAGGAGAUAACACCAUUUUCAUGAUCUGGAUUGGAAUCAACGAUAUCACGAUUCUCUCUUCACUAUAUCAGAACAUGUCCGAUUUCAACGUGACACUUCCACCUCGCUUCGAUCAGUACUUUAGUCUAAUGGAGAAUCUGUACAAUACUGGAGCAAGGAAGUUCAUGUUCAUCAAUAUGCCACCGCUGGAUCGUACGCCAAUGAUACAAAAUUACACCACGCCUAUCAUCCAAAACUUCGCACAGGGAGUCUCGCUUUUCAAUGACGUAUUGCUGCCGCAAUACGUCGAUUGGUUUCAAGGAAAUCACUCAAAUAUUCAAACCACAAUCUACGAUGCUCAUUCAGCUUUCAAUACCAUCUUGGACGAUGCUCCAGCGUAUGGAUUUGCCAACAACUCAUGCUUCAAUUCCACGGACUGUUUUUGGUGGAAUAAUUAUCACCCCGAAGGUGCUGUGCAUCAAAGAUUGGCGAAGCAGAUGGUUACAAAUCUUACUCCUCUAGGUUGGUGA